AUGAUGGGCCCGAUGCAACAGAAUGGGACUCAUAUUGAACUCGACCCCCCCGAUUCCAGGAAAAGACCGCUGGAAGCGCCAAUCGACGCUGGUAGCACCAAGCGGACAAACACAGGAGAAGAAGGCGAAUUUUUCCUGAAGGUUUUGAUCCCUAGUUAUGCUGCAGGAUCUAUAAUCGGAAAAGGAGGCCAAACGAUUGUCCAGCUCCAGAAGGAGACCAGUGCCACGAUCAAACUCUCCAAGUCCAAAGACUUCUACCCAGGCACCACAGAGCGGGUAUGUCUGAUCCAGGGAACGGUGGAGGCACUGAACGCUGUCCACGACUUCAUCGCUGAGAAGGUCCGUGAAAUGCCACAGAAUGUUGGCAAGACUGAGCCAGUCAACAUUCUCCAACCUCAGACCAACGUGAACCCAGACCGUGUCAAGCAAGCGAAGUUGAUCGUGCCCAACAGCACGGCAGGGCUGAUCAUCGGGAAAGGUGGCGCGACCGUGAAGGCGGUGAUGGAGCAGUCUGGGGCCUGGGUGCAGCUGUCGCAGAAGCCCGAGGGCAUCAACCUGCAGGAGCGGGUGGUGACGGUGAGCGGCGAGGCCGAGCAGAACCGCAAGGCAGUGGAGCUGAUCGUGCAGAAGAUCCAGGAGGAUCCGCAGAGCGGCAGCUGCCUCAACAUCAGCUAUGCCAACAUCUCGGGCCCGGUGGCCAACUCCAACCCGACCGGCUCGCCUUACGCCAACUCGACGGAGGUGCUGCCAGCAGCGGCGGCGGCAGCGGCGGCGGCUUCGGCGGCAGGCCUGCUGGGCCACGCCAACCUGGCGGGGGUGGCAGGCUUCGCAGGCGGUGGCGGAGGAGGAGGAGGAGGCGCCGCCGGCCUGUCCGGCUUCACCGGCAACGACUUGCUGGCCAUCAGCUCGGCCCUCAACACGCUGGCGAGCUACGGCUACAACACCAACUCGCUAGGCCUGGGCCUCAACCCGGCCACCGCCACCGGAGUCUUGGCGGCGGUGGCGGCCAGCGCCAACCCUGCGGCCGCCGCCGCCGCCAACCUCCUGGCUUCGUACGCCAGCGAGGCCUCAGCGGCGGCGGCGGGAGGAGGAGGAGGAGGAGGCGGGGGAGGCGGUGGAGGAGGCGGAGGCAACAACCCCGGCAGCGCGGUGGGUACCUUCUCCCUGGGCUCCUUGGCGGCCGCCACCAAUGGCUACUUCGGCGCAGCGUCUCCCCUGGCUGCUGGCUCCAUCCUGGCGGCCGAGAAGCUGGGCGAGGCCUCCAAGGACGUGGUGGAGAUCGCGGUGCCCGAGAACCUGGUCGGCGCCAUUUUGGGCAAAGGCGGGAAGACGCUGGUCGAGUACCAGGAGUUGACUGGCGCCCGCAUUCAGAUCUCCAAAAAGGGUGAGUUUAUCCCCGGCACCAGGAACCGCAAGGUGACCAUCACCGGCACGGCGGCCGCGACCCAGGCCGCGCAGUAUUUAAUCAGCCAGAGGAUCACCUACGAGCAAGGGGUCCGCGCCGCCAACCUCCAGAAAGUCGGUUAAACAACAACAACAACAACAACACCAAACCAAACGAGGUGCCGAAACAGAAAGACAGGUUUCCGUUUUUUUUCUAAAAAAAAAGAACUGA